AUGGAGUCGUAUAAGAGCAGUCGUCAAACGGAUAUGGCGGCGGGCGAAUCAGAUUUUGAGUCUGAGGCAGAGUCUAAUUCAAGCCAUGAAGCAAACAUUGGAGAGCUGACAGACCUGGAACAAAUCAAAAAAGAUGACAAGGCGAAGGAGAGUCGGCGUGAGGAGCGACCACUUGUUCUGGAGGAAAGGCACUCACUUUCUAUAGCCGAAACAAAGAAGCGUCGUGCCAACGUCUACUCCAAAGAUAAUCUGUUUAUACCCAAGGAGUUGGCUCGGGGUGAGGUCUAUCUGCGCCAAUCUCAGUGUUUGGAUCAAAUUAGUAAAAACCGUGAUUACUGCAUGAGAAUGCUCAAAUUUCCGGUUGGAACUGGUCGAGCGCGUUACGUAGCCCAACAAAUGAAGAAGAAAAAAUCAAAGAAAUUAAAUGGAGUUAAAAAAAAACUACCCCAUGAGAGAACGUCAAAGGAAAAAUGCAAGCUCUCGGUAGACAUCGGCAAUGAAGAGUUGUACAUGAAGCAGGAGCCGAUCGAAAGCCCAGAGAGAGGAAAGUUUGAUGACAUGACCCAGGUUCUUAGUACGCCCAGCCUCAACUUGGAGCAUACGAAUAGAAAUCAGAUGCACAGCGAUGAAGAGGACUGCAUCGUACUGGAAGAGAUGCUCAAUUCUUCUUGGUCCGACUCUAAAGAGGAUGGCACCGAGGAGUUUAUAGAGGUUGUCUCCAAUCGUCAACUGAGUCAAGCUGCGAGCUUAGAGUUAAAGCCCAAGAGCGAAGAUGAGCUGCUGGUGGACAAGCAAGAGCCGUUAAAAAUACCACUCGUACGUUGGCACAAUCCGAACGGGAAUGAGGAGGAUAUCAAAAUGGGUGUUGUGGAGGAGGUGGACCACAUGAGUUUAUCGGCCAAUGUGGGCAUCAAUGGGGUAACAACAGCGGCCGCAGUUCAUAUAGAGCUACGAGAGGAGCAGCUCAAUGGAAAAUUUAAGCAUUCUACAGAUGUAUAUGUAGAUCAAUACCAGAUACUAGGAACUUUUAAACAACAGCAAGUGGAGCAUACAGAGGAUACAGAGGUACAACAACAAUUCAACGAGUCUACUGAAGAUCAACAAUCGGAGGAGCUAGAAGAGUCGCCGCAGCAGCAGCUGCCAGCUGAAAGUAUGCAAUAUAUUCCGAAUAGGAACUAUGCAAUGUCCGCUGAGCAUGCCACAACCUCAAGUUAUACGCCUAUUGAGGCACCUCACAUGACAUCGGGUAUUAUCUUGCCGACCCUUUACCCUGCCAAUCAACUGCAAUCUACUAGCGUCAACAACAACAACCUGUUGUCGAAUGAAAAUAUGCAACAGCAAUUUAUAGAGACACCCGAUUAUAUGCAUCAUUGGAAUAAAGAUAGCUUUGAUAAGUGUAAUUACACGCGGCCAGCUGCACAGCAACGGUUGUCCCAUAACUGGCAGCAGCAGCAACAGCAACCGUUACAUGACUGGCAGCAGCAGCAACAGCAACAGCAAACUUACUAUCAAGAGAAACACUUGAAAACGAGCCAAAAGGAGUUGAGUCAACUCAAUGCACAGUAUAAGAAACUGAAGUGCCAUGAGGAUAAGCAGCUCAAGGAAUUCAGCAAGGCACUCAAGGAGAUCCAUGCGAAUCGGCUGACUUGUGAACGCGAGCAUGCUGAAUAUCAUAGAAAAUACAUGAUUAAAAUGAUGGAGAGCAAACAGCAAGAGGAGAGUAUUCAGGCCCAUAAGAACGAAAUAAAGAAGCAGCUUGAUGAUGAACUAAAUAGUCUGAAAGAGCGCAUUGCUAACAAGCAGCGCCAGCUGAACGAAGACACAUGGUCGAUUUCGCCAGGCUCACAGCUGAACGAACAGCGCCGAAUCAUACCAGCACCGUCGCCAGUUGCCUACAUGCAGCCGCCGGUGGCAGCUCGCUCAAAUGAAUGCCAAUCCUACAGCGAUGGCAUUCUGCCACAGCGACACACUCUGGGCAGAUGCAACACUCCGCAUCCACUUCGAGCCACAUCGAAUGGCCUUGUGAAUCCUUGCGGAACAAACUACCCCAGCUUUGCUUCAGCAACAACCACAAGCAAUGUAAUGGCAACUGGCCAUUAUGUUACGCUGCCUGAAACUCGGACUCCUGGUGGCCAGUUGAAUCCGGGAAUCGAACAAACUGCGAUAACGCCCAUUAUGGGCAAUUAUGUCUCCAAUUACUCCACAAAUUAA